AUGAGGCGGGAGUACAAGAUCGACGCUGAAACGAACGCGCCAGUGCAAGCCUACACGGUGCACAUGAUCCUCGGCCGCAUCAAGGCCUGCCAGAUGGUGGCGAGGGUGGAGGCGACGCUCUAUAAGGAGAGGGAGUUGGGCAUCAUGCGGGAAAUCUCGGUGGUCCGGUCGGAGGUGCUCACGCUGCUCUCCCACCACAGCCUCAUGCGCGGUGCAAGCAUCCGCGAGAUAACGCUCCCCGACAUCUUCCUGUACCGACUGGAGAGCACCUCGUCGGUGAACCCGGAUAACCAGCCGGUCGUCAUGGUGGUCGCCGCGCGUAACUCGAAUACGUCGAAGGAUGCGCGUCUUCAACAGAGCUACGCGGGGAGGCACCCCGAAGCGGAGUUGUGCGCCGUCGGCGAGACCGGGCUGUGGUUACACUUCGUCCUCGACCAGAUCGGCCAGUUUCACGGCGUCGACCUCAUUCCGCCGGUCGACACUAGCACACGCGAGCUCUGGUACAAGAAGCACCUGUUCUUCGCCCGCAACGACCCCGAGCAGGGCGAGCUCUCAGCUCCCAGCCACCAGCGAUGGACGAGGCAGAUGUGGAAGACGAACGGGGUGUUCUGCAAGCGGAACGUCCAUGCCGCUCGGGCAGGCGGGGCGCAGGAGCUGGCCAUCCACGGUACGCCUCGCGCCGAGAUAGCCGAGCUGGGUCACUGGGCUCUCGACAAGAUGACUCGAGCCUACAUCACAUCCAUUCCCGUCGGCGUGGUGAUGAAGAAGGCUGGCUAUUCGGGAUUCACGCAGAACUACUUCUUGGGUCGCAACAGGGUGGAACCGGGAGACGAACUCCUCGCUCUCAUCGCCGAGCACAUCUUCCCCGGCGUCGACGACCUCCUCAAGAAGGCAAAAGAACUCGCGAAGAAGGGGUCCAACGCCGACAUUGCGGCCGUGCAUUUCUGGCGCACCCUUGUGAUGUUCCGGCGCAUUGUCGCCGAGGACCUCGCGGUGAAACUCGUCCGCACCCCUUGGCACCCGUACGUCCAGUAUUCCAGGCUCUGCCGGAUUCCCCUCUUCCAGCACGGGGCGAAGAGGGUUGAGAAGACCGACACCGACACCAUCAAAAAGCGACAAGAUCCAACCCUCAUCCAGCCAGAGUACGCGGUCGUCUCCCUCACGGAGACGCUUAAGCUCGAGAGGGAGCGGUCAACGGUCCAGAAGCUCGACCUCGAGGAGAGGAUCGAGAAUCGCGACGCAACCAUCGCGUCGCUCGCGGCCGAGAUAACCCGCCUCACCGAGGCUCUCCGCGUUUCAGAAGCUCGAAGGAUGACGGAGGCGCUGCCAGCUGCGAACGACCAGUUGCUGAGCGACGGUGGCUCCGCGGAGUCGGCAAGCAGGGGUGAAGGAGCCAACAAACCCAAUAAACCCCCACAGACGGUCGAGGAGGCUAGCUACGAGCUGAACGUAGUGCAACCUUGGCGGACUGCAACGACCAUCAAGGACGCGUGGCGCCUCUGGACCUCGUGCACCAGCGCCGACACCCGUCGUCUGUGCGACAGGUUUAGGGAGCCGGGAUUCGUCGACUGCCACACCCUCCUCGACGGAGCCUCGCAGGGAGCACACGGGAAGAGGGUGCGCCGCAUGAUGAAGGUCAUCAAUGCGGUGCGCCAGCUUCGCAGGAGCGACGGCGAAGCCGACACGGAAGCCACCGUCGACGCGCUUAACAAGAUAGCGGCGCCUGGCAUUGGGACCUUUGCGGAUGCCCUCACGGUGCUCAACGCGGACGCCGUAGCGACCUAUGCCGGGCAGGGUAAGGGCGUCAAAGGGCUCGGCAAAACGGAAGUCUCCAAGCUUCGUGUCGCCUGUGCGUUCGUGGCGCGCGGGUUCAAGCCCGAAACGUGGGUCGCCGACCUGUUCCCGGACACCUGGACCCUUCCUCCCCCUGUUGUCACGAUCGGCCUUCAUCUGCGCGUCAAUCGGCACCGCGAUGUCCCUCGCUCUUAG